CGCAGAACCUACCAGUCAAGUGGCCUCAUCCUCGUUCAUGGACAGAGCGGAGAAACGAUGAAAGGGUGAGUGUUUUCCCAAGUUGCGAUUUCGUGGGUGAGCCGCUAUUACACCGCGCUCUCACUGGUCGUCAUGGAAGCUAGAUAACGGGCUAACAAUUUCACUUCCUAAUUCGCCACCGAUGCUUGGUACACAUUUAACAUCUCCAACCUGAGUUGCGAUAGAGUCUCCAGCCACGCAACCCCGGGAUUGUACUACCGCGUUGUCCAUUCUCGAAUUCGAUUCUCCGACUCGAAAUGGCGCCACAGACGUCAAUACCACCAGCUGCCAACGUACUCGGGACUAUUGGAACAGUAUGUUGGUGCGUCCAAUUACUACCGCAAAUAUACCGGAACUGGAGAACCAAGACAACGGAAGGACUGCCAGAAUCCAUGAUGCUGCUGUGGUCAGUCAGUGGAGUACCCUUCGGGGUGUACGCCAUAGCGCAGCAAUUCAACAUUCCUCUUAUCGUCCAGCCGCAGUGCUUCUGUGUGUUGUGCGGUGUUAGUUGGGCGCAGUGUCUCAUAUAUAGCCGGAAAUGGCGGACCUGGACCGCAUCUCUUCUGCUCUUCGCUCUUCUCGUCCUUUUCGCAGGCAUAGAAGUUGGUCUUGUGUAUGCUAUCAGACAACCAUACUCAGACGGGUUAGAAUGGCCAGUCUUGUUGAUCGGCAUCGUCGCCUUUCUCACCCUCAUCUCAGGCUAUAUGCCUAUCCCAUUUGAGCUGCUGAAAAGACGGGGCCGUGUCGUAGGCAUUGAUUUCAUCUUCUUGGCCAUCGACUGGAACGGUGCAUUCUUCUCGCUGAUGGCUCUUGUAGCCCAGAACGAGUUCGAUGUGCUCUUUGGUACCAUGUACGCAUUAUGCUGCGCUAUCGAGAUGAGUAUGGUCGCCUCACACUUAAUCUGGCUGCUCCGAACUCGCGAGAUUCGUAGACGCGCGAAAGAAGCUGGUGAAACCUUCGACGAGUUUGAGGAAGGGGCUGCUUGGCAGGCCAAGGGAAUUGAUAUCGAGAAGAAGGUCUUGCGCUUCUUCUCGAAAAAGAGCAGGCUUGAAGAGAUCACGCAUCCUGACAGGAAUGGCGAGGACAUGCCUGUGAACCCGGAAGAGAUAACCCCAAAGACAGUCCCAAAUGCGGUUGUAUAAUGCUACAAUAGCGAUAAGAAAAGCUUGUCUUCAUCUAAUAAAUGUUUGGUCGGUAUUCGCGGAUGUAGUACUGUUCCAAGGAUGUUUUGCGUUUGGAAGUUAUUUGUUGGUCAGGCGCAUAGGCUGCUGAAUUGGCGUACUAUUCUUCGGUCGAUUGUGGCGCCCGCAGUACGAAGGUACAUGCGCUCUGCGUUAUGAGAAAGGGCGCUUAUCUUGUCGCACAGGUAGUCACGUCGCUAAAUGGGUGUUAAAGAUGCAAACAAUGGUGGUGUUCGUAGUCUCGGAGGGAACCAGCACAGAGAUGGCAAUAGCAGGACAGGUCUGAUUAUGUAACGGAUGGCAC